AUGUCGCAAACCGAAGGAAGAGAAAUAUGUUACUUAAGUUGUAUAAUAAACUCUGGAAGAUUAGAGUUUACUUGGUCAAUUAUUACGCCAUCUACAUGGGACUGGAUUGGAUUAUAUGAAGACGAUAGCAAAUCAAAUAGAGAAUGGCUCGAUGGGCAUUGGUUCUAUAUAAGUAAUCAUAGCAACCGUUCGACUCUUCCUGACGGUCGAUAUGUAUAUUCUGGAAGUCAUUGGUUUGGAACUGUUGCUGGAAUAAAUCAGAUCAGGCUGAACACCUAUGAAGUUUGCGGAGAAUAUAAAACUUAUUCAUAUGCCAAUGUAUACAAUCCUGUAUUUAUAUACAUUGAUAUAAAUCAGAUUAACUAUAUACUUAGGGGAUUGCAACAUAUAUUUGCUAGACACAAAAAACAUUGGGGAUUUACCGAAAAUGACCAUUGGAAUAAUCAAAACAAGGAGAAACUUCAGAGAGAAGUCUUGUUUGAAGAUUCGUAUAUUUCUUCUGGUCCGAAGAAACAUGUCGCUGAUACAGAAAAAUUCGAACUACAAGAAGACAUCAAAAUCCUCGGCCGAAUCAUCGACGAUAAACAGACAUGA